AUGCGUGGCUUGGCGCAGGCUCUCCUGCUCGCGCCGGCCCUCGUCGGCGCUGCCCCGUCCAAGAUUGGUAUGGAAAAGGCCACCGAUGCCUCCCCAUCCACCUUUGUCACCUUUGACAUCCCACCGGGCUUCAACGAGGACCAGACCAAGCCCUACACCCUCCACUUGGAAGUCCUCGAGGCUCCCUCCCCAUGUGCCUACCCUAACAUCAAAGUAAACGACAAUGCCCUCUCCCAGGGCGGUCACACUCUCGGCCGCGGUACCUUUGCCGGUGACCACGACGGAUCAACCUUCAUCGCCUCCUGGUCCGCAACCUGCGCUGGCGACGAGCAGCUCCUCCGCUUCACCCUCGAGUCCCUCUCCGGCCGCACCCUCGCCUCCGACCUCGCCUUCGUCGCCCGCUUCCGCCAGACCGCCCCGGCAGCCAUCAUCGAAGUCGCCGGCAACGUUCGCACUUCGGACGUCCACCCACCUCCGCCCUCCCAGACGCUCCCCGAGUUCGAGGGACACCCUCCCCGCCCGGGUGACGACGAGGAUGGACUCCUCGAGGAUCCUCCAUUCCCCCCGCCGCCUCACCACCAUGUUGGUAACCACCCGGAUAACCACCCCGGCGAGCAGGGACAGCGCCCUCCUCACCACCGCCCCGGCCACGACGACGAUCACCGCCGCCCUCACCACCCCGAGGACCGCCCCGAGAACCACCCCGAGCUCGACGAGAAGGUCCUGGCGGAGCUUGACGACCUCGAGUGCAUGCGCCACCAGCUCCAUGCCUUGAAGCACGCCAUCCACGAGAAGGAGUCUCGCCUCGCACAAGAUCACGGCAUCUUCCCUCCCAGCCACCGCGGCUUCCGCUCCUGUGACUCCUUGAAGUGCGUAAUCGACACUCUCAUGCACCGCGUCCGCGGCGGUGGCGGCCCAGGUUUCCACGGCAAGGGCCGUUACCCCGGAGGCCCCGGAGGCAGAAGAGAAGGCCACCACCACGGCCGUCGUCCCCACGGUCCUCCCCCCUCGUGCCCAGGCUUCCCCUUCCCCGGGCAUGGCGGCAACCACACCAAGGGGAACCACACCGAGCCCCCGCCGCCUGGUCCUCCUCCUCCGGGCUUCUGCCACUGCCUGCCGCCCCCUCCCGAGGGUCCUCCCGACGGACCCCCUGAAGAUGCCCCUGAGCCGCCCCCGAGAGGACCUCACCACGGCCCUCCUCCCCCGCCGUUUGACGAGCCUCCUCAUGGACCUCCUCACGACCACCACG